CCUGGACAGAUAUACAAACUAUCCAACUGUACAGAACUCAUCUGUAAGGGAGACAACAAGGUAGAAGUAAUUCCAACGCGCUGCCCACCUGUAAAGGAAAUUACCUGUGCGAACAAAUAUCCGGCAAUACUGGUACCUGAUGAAAAUGGCUGCUGUUACCAAUAUGAAUGUCAAUGUGUGUGCAGUGGAUGGGGUGAUCCUCAUUAUAUUACUUUUGAUGGAACCUACUAUACUUUCCUUGAAAACUGCACUUAUGUCCUGGUGAAACAGAUUUUACCUAAAUAUGACAACUUCCGUGUUUACAUUGACAAUUAUUACUGCGAUUCAAAAGAUGGACUUUCCUGCCCUAAAUCCAUUAUUAUUUUCUACAAAUCUGCAGAAGUGGUGCUGACCCGUGAACUCAUGAAUGGUGUGAUGACCAAUGUGAUGUACUUCAACCAAAAGAUUGUCAAACCAGGCUUCAAAAAAGAUGGCAUUUCUUUCUCCACACUUGGCAUCAACAUGAUUGUUGAAAUACCAGAGAUUGGUGCAACCAUCACCUUUAGUGGGCUGAUUUUCUCCGUGAAACUCCCAUACAGCAAAUUUGGCAACAACACUGAAGGACAGUGUGGAACAUGUACAAAUAAUAAAUUAGAUGAAUGCCGCUUACCAAGUGGUAAGAUCAUUUCUUCCUGUCCCCAAAUGGCUCAUCACUGGAUCGUUGAUAACAACAAGUCAUGCCAUGGAGUACCAAUACCACCAGUUGUAACCACACCUCCACCAAAGCCUAACUGUGAAGCGCCUCAUCUCUGCAAGCUUAUCUGGAGCAAGAUUUUUGCAGAAUGCCAUGCCGUGAUACCACCAGAACCAUUUUUCAAAGGCUGUGUUUUUGAUGGUUGUCGCAUAGCUGAUGAAUCGAUGCAGUGUUCCAGUUUGGAGAUAUAUGCUACAGAGUGUGCUGCUAGAGGUGUCUGCAUUGACUGGAGAGGAAAAACCAACAAUACAUGCUCAUACAACUGUCCAGCAAAUAUGGUAUACAAGCCGUGUGGCCCCAUUAAUCCUGCUACCUGUGACCCAAGCUCUGUUGAGCUUCCUGGCUAUGGAGUAACUGAAGGAUGUUUCUGUCCUGAAGGAAAGACGCUCAUAAGUGGAGACAACAACAUCUGUGUCUCUGAAUGCUCUUGUAGGGAACCAAAUGGAGUAUCCAGAUGGCCUGGAGCUGUCAUUCCAUCAGGUGCCUGUGAAGAAUGCACCUGCUCUGAAUCCUCUUACUCAAGCCCUCACCACGCUACUGUCAAGUGCGAGCCUGUUAUCUGUGACACAUACUGCCCAGCGGUUGGAGAAUUCUGGAACCUACCUGGUGAUAACUGUACAACUUACACAUGUGAAAAAUAUGAUGACCAGUUCAUUCAAGUCAUCUUACAGAAAAGCUGUCCUCCCUUUAACCCUGAUGACUGUGAUCCAGAUGACGUCAAGCUAUCUGACGAUGGCUGCUGUAAAGAGUGCCAACCAAAACAGAAGAGAGCCCAGAUUGAAAUCCAACAGGAAACAGGGAGCAAAUACACUGAGGUUGUUCAGCAGAAGCAAAACACUUCUGCUACAGUUUCAUCUAAGGUGAACAUCAUCCAGCCAAUGCUGACAAAUCCAGUAAUAACACCUUCCAAUCCUGCUCACAAUGGCCGCGUGUGCAGCACAUGGGGCAACUUCCACUUCAAGACCUUUGAUGGAGACAUAUUCUCCUUCCCUGGGCUCUGUAAUUAUGUUUUUGCAUCCCAUUGCAACACUCCCUAUGAGGAUUUCAACAUCCAGAUUAGGCGCAUAGUGGUGGAAAAUGCUCCAACAAUCAACCGUAUCAUCAUGAAACUUGAAGGUGUAGCUGCUGAACUAACAAAGGAUGUUGUCCUGAUCAACAGCAACAAAGUUCAACUGCCAUACAGCCAAUCUGGAAUUACGAUAGAGAAAAGCAGCAUUUAUGUGAAAGUUGCCAGCAAAAUGGGUAUUGUGUUAAUGUGGAAUGAAGAUGACAGUAUCCUGCUGGAAUUGAAUGAGAAAUAUGCCAAUCAGACCUGUGGACUUUGUGGGGACUUCAAUGGCUUUCCAAUUUACAAUGAGUUCUAUUCAAGCAAUAUUAAGAUGACAGCCUUGCAGUUUGGGAAUAUGCAGAAAAUGGAUGGGCCAACAGAACACUGUGAAGACUCCAUUUCUACCCUGCCAGAUAAUUGCACUGAUAAUUUUGAUGACAUAUGCCAGAAAACAUUGACCAGCUCUGCGUUUGCAGAGUGUAAUGACCUAGUUGAUGUUAGAGAGUACAUUAUGGCUUGCCAAGAUGACUUGUGCCGCUCUGAAGAGUCUAAAAACGCCUCAUGUGUCUGUGACACCUUCGCUGAAUACUCCCGGCAGUGCGCUCAUGCUGGGGGGCAUCCUCUGAACUGGAGAACCUCAAAACUGUGCUCCAAGAAGUGUCCGUACAACAUGCAAUACCAGGAGUGCAGCUCCCCCUGUGCUGACACAUGCACCAACCCUGAACGAUCUCAGUUUUGUGAAGAACACUGUAUGGAUGGUUGUUUCUGCCCCCCAGGGACUGUAUUUGAUGACAUCAACAAUUCUGGCUGCAUUCCCCGUCAGCAGUGCUCCUGUGUUUACAAUGGCAACACCUAUGCUACAGGAACUUCUUUUUCAGAGCAGUGCCAUUCCUGUACCUGUAAUGGAGGCCAGUGGAGCUGCCAAGACACGUCAUGCCCAGGAACAUGUUCAGUAGAGGGAGGUUCGCACAUUUCCACCUAUGAUAAAAAACACUACAAUCACCAUGGAGACUGCACUUACGUCCUUUCUAAGCACUGUAAAGAUGAAACGUUCACCAUCCUGGUAGAACUACGCAAAUGUGGCCUAACAGACACUGAGACAUGCUUAAAGACAGUGAUCCUCAACAUGAAUAAAGGACAAACUCUCAUCGAAGUCAAACCUGAUGGUGGUGUGUUUGUGAACUCGAUCUACACCCAGCUGCCCAUCUCAGCAGCUAAUGCCACUGUGUUCAGACCUUCAUCAUUCUUCAUCAUCAUACAGACAAACUUUGGCGUCCACCUUGAAAUCCAAAUCACACCCAUCAUGCAAGUGUUUGUGCGACUGGAUCCUAUUUUCAAAGACCAGACCUGUGGUCUCUGUGGAAAUUUCAAUAAUAUCCAAACUGAUGACUUCAAGGCCAUAAAUGGAAUAAUUGAAGGAACAGCAACAGCAUUUGCUAAUACGUGGAGAACUCAGGCUUCAUGCCCUAAUAUCCAGCGCAGUUUUGAGAACCCUUGUGCCCUCAGCAUUGAUAAUGAAAAAUAUGCUCAGCAUUGGUGUGGACUACUAACUGACAGCAAAGGACCUUUUGCUGAUUGUCACUAUGCAGUGAAUCCCUCUGUUUACCACAUGAACUGCAUGUUUGACACAUGUAACUGUGAAAAUAGUGAGGACUGUCUGUGUGCAGCCCUGUCUUCCUAUGUGAGAGCUUGUGCUGCAAAAGGAAUCCAGCUGCGUGGAUGGAGGACUGACGUCUGCUCAAAAUACACCACCUCAUGUCCCAAAUCCCUAAGCUACAGCUAUACCAUCUCUUCCUGUCAACCCACUUGUCGGUCUCUGAGUGAGCCUGAUGUCACGUGCAACAUUAAGUUUGUUCCAGUUGAUGGCUGCACUUGCAUAAAUGGAACCUACAUGGAUGAGAGUGGCAAAUGUGUGCCUGCUAAUGAAUGCCCCUGCUACUACAGAGGAUCUCCCAUACUAUUUGGAGAGAUUGUCCAUGACAAUGGGCUUGUAUGCACUUGCAUCCAGGGAAGACUGAAUUGCAUUGGACCACCCAAUCCAACUCCAGUCUGUGAAUCUCCCAUGGUCUACUUUGACUGUAGAAACAUCACUGCAGGAACAACUGGAGCAGAAUGUCAAAAAAGUUGCCAGACUCUGGAUAUGCAGUGUUAUAGCACGCAAUGUAUAUCUGGCUGCGUGUGCCCAGCUGGGCUUGUGUUAGAUGGGAAUGGUGGUUGUAUUCCUGAAGAGGAAUGUCCGUGUAUUCACAAUGAAGCCAUGUAUCAGCCUGGGGAAAAGAUCAGCGUUGACUGUAACACCUGUGUAUGCAAGAAUAGGAAGUGGGAAUGCACCAAAAACCAAUGUCUGGGCACUUGUGCUGUUUAUGGAGAUGGUCAUUAUAAUACUUUUGAUGACAAAAGGUUCAGCUUCAAUGGAAACUGUGAAUACACACUAGUUCAGGACCACUGUGGGAAGAGUGGCACAGCCAAUGGGACCUUCAGGAUUAUCACUGAAAAUAUUCCCUGUGGCAACACUGGGACAACUUGCUCAAAAUCUAUCAAAGUUUUCUUAGAGAGCUAUGAACUGAUACUUGGUGAGGAGCAUGUCAGUGUCGUAAAGAGAGGACAAAACAAUGAGGUACCAUACACAGUCCGCUAUAUGGGUAUGUACUUGGUAAUUGAGACCACAAACGGACUGAUCCUCAUGUGGGACAAGAAAACCAGCAUCUUCAUCAAGCUCAGCCCUGAUUUUAAGGGCCAGAUCUGUGGCCUCUGUGGAAAUUACGAUGGCAACGGCAUCAAUGACUUUACUACAAGGAGUCAGUCUGUGGUAGAGAAUGUCCUAGAGUUUGGAAACAGCUGGAAAGUAUCCUCUACAUGUCCUGAUGCUUACAGCAUAAAGGAUCCAUGUUCUACCAACCCUUAUCGAAAGUCCUGGUCAGAGAAGCAGUGUAGCAUCAUCAACAGCAACAUCUUUGCUGCCUGUCACUCUCAGGUUGAACCAGCAAAAUAUUACCAAGCAUGUGUGACAGAUGCUUGUGCAUGUGACACUGGAGGAGACUGUGAUUGCUUUUGUACAGCAGUAGCUGCCUAUGCUCAAGCAUGUAGUGAAGUUGGUGUCUGCGUAGCCUGGAGAACCCCAUCAAUCUGUCCACUGUUCUGUGAUUACUACAAUCAACAAGGGGAAUGUGAAUGGCACUAUAAGCCUUGUGGAGCCUCCUGUAUGAAGACCUGUAGGAACCCAAGUGGAAAAUGCCUCCAUAACUUGCCAGGUUUAGAAGGCUGCUACCCUAACUGCCCACCAGACAAGCCAUAUUUUCAUGAGGAUGAUAUGAAGUGCGUCAGUCUCUGUGACUGUUAUGAUAAUGAAAAUGGAAAGAUAUAUAGACGGGAUGAAUGUCAUUUAUGUGAAUGCACAUCAGAAGGUUUACAGUGCAAAUUUGAUGAUAAAGCAUGUCACUGCAUUUAUGAAGAGAAGAGAUAUAAAUAUGGUGAACUCAUCUACAACAUCACAGAUGGAGCUGGAUGGUGUUUCAAUGCAACAUGUGAUGUCAAUGGAACAAUAAACAGAAAUAUCUCUAAAUGUGACAUACUUACAAACAUCCCGUUUCCAUUUUCUACAAGUCAGCCCACAACUGCAGAAAUGACAACCGCAACACCAGUGACAACUGUAUGUGUGAAGAACAUAUGUGCAUGGUCAGAAUGGUAUGAUUGCACAGAGCCUGAAAACAAAGAGGACAGUGGAGAUUAUGAAACAUUUCAAAAUCUCAGAGAUAAAGGAUACAGUGUGUGUGAAAACCCAAAUGGUGUUGAAUGCAGAGCCAAAGAACACCCAGAUACAGAAAUAAACAAUCUUAACCAAACCGUACAAUGUAAUCAAAGCAUAGGAUUAAUAUGCAAUAACAAAGACCAACAAUCUAGGCACUGCUAUAAUUAUGAAAUCAGAAUAUCAUGCUGCAGCUACAUACCAUGUUCACAAAUACGAACUGCAACACCAAGAACCACAGAAGAAUUCACAACAACUACUGCUGUAAAAUCAACACCAUUUACAUUACAGACGAAGAUAAAACCAACAAAAGAAAAACAAGGAACUGAAGCGCAAGAAACCAAAACUCCAACGUCACCCACUACUGCCUCCACCCUCCCCCAGCCAGCAACGACAACCACUGCUGGCACCACGGUUCUCCCCCGUCCCACUGCCCCUCCAACAGAAGGCACGACCAUCAUCACACUAACACCAACAGUGCCCACCUCAGCCAGUAGCACUGCCAGCACCUCCAGGACCACCGCAGGAAGCACCGCAACGUCCACAGCUAUAUCUGCUCCAGCAGAAACCUCCGCUGUGACAACCCAGACUCCAACAUCACCCACUGCUGCCUCCCCCCCCCCAGCCAUGUCUGCUCCAGCAGAAACCUCCGCUGUGGCAACCCAGACUCCAACGUCACCCACUACUGCCUCCACCCUCCCCCAGCCAGCAAAGACAACCACUGCUGGCACCACGGUUCUCCCCCGUCCCACUGCCCCUCCAACAGAAGGCACGACCAUCAUCACACCCACACCAACAGUGCCCACCUCAGCCAGUAGCACUGCCAGCACCUCCAGGACCACUGCAGGAAGCACCGCAACGUCCACAGCUAUAUCUGCUCCAGCAGAAACCUCCACUGUGGCAACCCAGACUCCAACGUCACCCACUACUGCCUCCACCCUCCCCCAGCCAGCAAAGACAACCACUGCUGGCACCACGGUUCUCCCCCGUCCCACUGCCCCUCCAACAGAAGGCACGACCAUCAUCACACCCACACCAACAGUGCCCACCUCAGCCAGUAGCACUGCCAGCACCUCCAGGACCACCACAGGAAGCACCACAAGAUCCACAGCCAUGCAUGCUCCAGCAGAAACCUCCGCUGUGGCAACCCAGACUCCAACAUCACCCACUACCGCCUCCACAGUCAUCAGUACCAGCACCUCCAGGACCACUGCAGGAAGCACCGCAACGUCCACAGCUACGUCUACUCCAGCAGAGACCUCCGCUGUGGCAACCCAGACUCCAACAUCACCCACUACCGCCUCCACAGUCCCCAAGUCAGGAAUUACAAUCACCAUAGGUGGUACAGAUAUUCUUCCAACGUCUGUUUCUUCUACUGGACAAAGUACUGCCACCACUGUUUUUCCCACAAAUUUCACUACCACAAGCAGCCCAGAACCAAUGCCUGGCAUCUGUGUGAUUAAUGGUACAGUGUACACGCUUGGAAUGUCAACAGUAAUCAAUUCAUGUAAGAACUGUACCUGCAGUUCUGAGAAAGAUCCAGUGACUGAGGCAAAUAUUGUGCAUUGUGAAACAGUUCAAUGUGAAACAUCUUGCCCACUGGUUAAUGACGUCCUGCCACUCGAUCAUUGCAGCCAUUACACAUGUGAAAAAAUUGAAGAUCAAUUUGUUGCAGUCCAAACUAAAAAAAUAUGCCCCAAGUACAACCCAGGAGAGUGCGAUCCUGAUGAAGCAGAGACUACUCCCGAUGGCUGCUGCAAAAUAUGUAAACCUACAAACUGCAAACCUUACAGCAAGAAAACUGUGAUCCACCACGGUGACUGUGAAUCUUCUGAACCUGUAGAGCUGGCAUAUUGUGAAGGAACUUGUCCUGGCUCCUCAGUGUAA